UUCACUCUCUCUUUGUUACCACCCAGCGCAUACAAAGAAGACCUAUUACUUCCCUUUCUCUUCUUCAAAACCUCUUCAAGCUUAACAACAAUUCUUUCUUUUUCUUGCUUUCAAUGGAUCACCUCCCAAAAUGUAAAGCAAAUUAUGUCCCCCUGACCCCUUUGAAUUUCUUAAGCAGAGCUGCCUCUGCCUAUGCCAACCGUACAUCUAUUAUUUAUGAGAGAACACGUUUCACUUGGGAACAAACAUAUGAGCGUUGUCGUCGGCUUGCUUCUUCUCUUCGCUCUCUCAACAUUGUGAAGAACAGUGUUGUGUCUGUUUUGGCUCCCAACAUUCCAGCCAUGUACGAGAUGCACUUUGCAGUGCCGAUGGCCGGUGCUGUUCUGAACGCCAUUAAUACAAGGCUGAACGCUAAGAACAUUGCCUUCAUUCUGCGUCACUCAGAAGCGAAAGUGGUCUUCGUAGACUGCCAGUUCGUGUCAUUGGCAAGCGAGGCGAUGAGAUUACUGCUAGGUGACUCUCAGACAUAUGAAAUUCCUUUGGUCAUCGUCAUAGAUGACGUAGACUCGCCCACAGGCGUUCGUCUUGGCGAGUUGGAGUAUGAAGAACUAAUCUUGAAGGGGAAUCCAAUGUUUGUCCCGGAUGAAAUCCAAGAUGAAUGGGAUCCAAUUACUUUGAAUUAUACAUCGGGAACAACAUCGGAUCCCAAGGGAGUUGUUUACAGCCAUAGGGGGGCUUAUUUGAGCACUCUGAGCUUGAUUUUGGGGUGGGAAAUGGGGACUGCGCCGGUUUAUCUCUGGUCUCUCCCCAUGUUUCAUUGCAACGGCUGGACUUUCACCUGGGGGGUCGCUGCACGCGGUGGUACCAACGUUUGUCUUCGCCACACGACGGCGUACGAUAUGUACCGCAACAUUUCACUCCACAAAGUCACUCAUAUGUGCUGUGCACCCAUCCUUUUCAACAUUCUCCUCGAGGCCAAAGCACAUGAGCGCCAGAAGAUCGUUUCCACCGUACAAAUACUCACCGGCGGCGCACCCCCGCCUGCGUCGCUGCUAGAAAAAAUGGAACACCUCGGCUUCCACGUCACUCACGCUUAUGGACUAACAGAAGCCACCGGUCCGGCUCUUGUUUGCGAGUGGCAAUCCGAGUGGAACCACUUGCCACAACACGAACAGGCAAAUAUUAAGGCCCGUCAAGGGAUCAGCAUACUCGGCCUGGCGGACGCCGACGUAAAAAACAUGGAAACAAUGACAAGCGUCCCCCACGAUGGCAAAACAAUGGGGGAAAUAGUUUUAAGAGGAAGCAGCAUAAUGAAAGGCUACUUCAAGGGCGAAGCCGCCACCUCAAAAGCCUUUAAGGAUGGAUGGUUUAAAACUGGCGACGUUGGCGUUAUUCAUCCUGAUGGCUACAUGGAAAUAAAAGAUCGAUCGAAAGAUGUGAUAAUUUCAGGAGGCGAGAACAUCAGCAGCGUAGAAGUUGAAAACGUCUUAUGCAGGCAUCCAAAAGUGCUAGAUGCUGCAGUGGUGGCAAUGCCGCAUAAAUACUGGGGGGAGAGCCCGUGUGCUUUCAUUGUGGCAAAAAACAAGACUGGCUCCGAUCAGGAUGCUGAAGAAGCUGAUAUAAUUGCUUAUUGCCGGAAACAUUUAUCCCAUUUUAUGGUGCCAAAGAAGGUCGAGUUCUUGCCGGAAUUACCAAGGAAUGCAACUGGGAAGGUUUUGAAGGAAAAGUUAAGGGCGAUUGCUCAGAAUUUUGUUGUGAGGGAGACGAAGAAAUCAUCUGAAUUUUCCCAUCCCGCUCAGCCUCCACAGAUACUUGCGCUGUCUCGGCUUUGAAUAAAGUGCGUUUAAUUUUAAUUAAUUCUAAAUAAGAAACAUGUAUAUAGAGCUUAUUAUAGCUCCACGCUGUCAUCAGUCCAUGAGAGCAGAGAGUGGCUUAUAUCAUAUAGAGUUUGUUUUUAUUCCUAUCAAAUUAAUUAAUGCCCAGCUUAAAUAUA